AUGCUGCCACCAGCUCCGUGGAACCCUUUCCUUUCAAUCCUGCAACCCUCCACAACAACACUCAAACAAGAACCUAGACCCCAGCCCCGGCCCUACGUGUCCACAGCCACCGCAGCCGCCGUCGCCCUGGAUUCUCCCCUUCGCUCCGCCCGCUUCCUGGGACCGUCCAAUCCCGGGCCCGCUCCUUCCACCUCCUUUCCACCUUUCACGCCCCAUUGGCCACGACGGGGCCGGCACGAUUCGCAUCACGUGGCUCUCUCCCCUUUAGAAUUAGCAGCGUUACUCCUCCAGUCUCAGCCGCCGGAAAGCGGGGUGGCGUGCCGCGGCAUUUUUACGACACCGGCGGCAGGUAGAUACUCCGGCCUCUUUCCCCCAGGAACUACGGCCGAGGCACAAUGUUUGGGGCUGGCGAUGAGGAGGACGCCGACUUCCUUUCCCCCAGCGGCGGGUGAGUGGCGGGCCCGGGGAGGCGGCCUCCGGGACGCUGCGACCGGGAUCUGCCAGCUGCUCCUUCCUCUGCCCAGCUCCGUGGCCAAAUCUAGUUGGGAGCGCCAAGUGGUCACCUCAACUUCCAAAAGUUUUGGACACCUCCUACCCCCACCUCCACCCCGGGGCCUCACCAGUGUCCUGUCCUCCACUGCCUACCUUUCCCUUUCUCAUGAAAUCAAAGUGCCAGACUCCUGCGAGCCCCAGCCCCGCCUCAUUUUACACAGAGAGAAACUGAGGGCUAAAUUAGCUUCUCUCUUUGGGCUGGAUCAAGUGGUUGCAGGCCAUGGAAAUGAAUUCUUCCAAUAUACAGCUCCAAAGCAGCCUAAGAAAGGCCAAACAAUGACUGCAGCUGCAAAUCAGCCCGUACAGAAAAUGCCUCCAUCUGCAACCUCUGUUGGAUCUCCCACAGUACUAGCUGCCACAGCAGUCCAUGCAUACCGAUACACAAAUGGUCAGUAUGUAAAGCAAGGAAAAUUUGGUGCUGCAGUCCUGGGGAACCACACUGCCAAAGAGUACAGGAUUCUCAUUUACUUAAGUCAACAACAGCCAGUCACCGCUGCCAGGAUUCAUCCAAAUUUUGAACUGACGGUACAGCCCAACAACUAUAGCACCUUUUAUGAUGACCAGAGACAAAAUUGGUCCAUGAUGUUUGAGUCAGAAAAAGCUGCAGUGGACUUCAAUAAACAGAUAUGCAUUGCCAAAUGUAACAGUAUAUCCUCCUUGGAAGCUGUGCUGAUCCAGGAUCUUAGUAUAGGAGAAGGGCCAAGUGUUGAAACUGGUGAUUCUUUGGAGGUGGCCUAUACAGGGUGGCUCUUCCAGAAUCAUGGACUGGGUCAGGUAUUUGACUCUUCUGUUAACAAGGAUAAGUUGCUUCGAUUAAAGCUGGGAUCAGGAAAAGUCAUUAAGGGCUGGGAGAAUGGAAUGCUUGGUAUGAAGAAAGGAGGGAAAAGGCUUCUCAUUAUUCCUCCAGCAUAUGCUUAUGGCUCUGAAGGCAUAAGUGGACAUAUUCCAUCCGACUCAACUCUGGUAUUUGAGGUAGAAGUCAAACGGGUGAAAUUUGCCAAAGAUUCUGGCUCUGAUGGGCACAGCAUUAAUUCCCAUGAUUCUGCAACUUCUUCUCCAACACCUGGUGCUGAUAACUAUAGUGCUGAACCAGUAUUACUGCCACCCACUUCAGUGCCUUUUAAACCUGGAGAGCCAGCUGUUCGAACCAAGUCGAACUCCAUCAGUGAGCAACUUUCAAACCCUGAUGUGACCAAAGCUAAGCUGAUCUCUAGGAUGGCUAAAAUGGGACAGCCCAUGCUACCCAUUGUUCCUCCCCACUUAGACUCCAAUGAUUCUGAGAUUGAGGACCUGAAUGCCCUACAAGGAACAGGUCAGCACAUGAUGACUGCAUCUGUUCAUUCCUCUCCUGAACCAUCCCAUGCACCACAGCGGCCACCAAGGAUGUCACCAACAUCUCAACAAUCAAUCUCUGGAGUUCAAGCGCCCUCUGCUGCCUUAAUGCCUGUCGCACCUAUCCAGUCUCACUCAAAUCUGCCUGGAAAUUCUCGGUCCUUUCAGCCUUAUACAGGUAUGCAGGCCUAUGCCUAUCACCAGAAUCCUACCCCAGUUACUUCCCAACUACAGCCUGUGGGACCCAUGUAUCCAGGACCACUUUCUCAGACUCCACAUUUUCAAGGGUCAGCCGAUAUUGUUUCAUUUCUCAUGACCGAAUCCCGGCAGCACAAUACUGAAAUCCGAAUGGCAGUGAGCAAGGUGGCUGAUAAAAUGGACCAUCUUGCUGCCAAGGUGGAAGAAUUACAAAAGCACAAUGCUAGCAACUCUUUGCUCCUUCCUAGCUUAUCAGUUAGCAUGGAAACAAGCAUGAUUAUGAGCAAUAUUCAAAGAAUCCUUCAGGAAAAUGAAAAAUUGAAGCAGGAGGUCCUUGAGAAGAAUAAUCGGAUAGAAGAACAAAAUGACAAGAUCACUGACCUGAUUGAACGCAAUCAGAGGUAUGUUGAACAGAGUAACCUGAUGAUGGAGAAGAGGAAUAGCACCCUGCAAAUUGCCUCUGAAAACACGCAGGCAAGAGUAUUGCAUGCUGAGCAGGAAAAGGUUUCCUCUCCUUGUCCUUUGGCCCAGGCUAAAGUCACAGAAGAGUUGGCAUCAGUGAUUGCCCAGGUCUCUAAUCUACAGCUGAAGCUGACCUCUCAGCAGAAAAAAGAAACAGACCUGCAGAUGCAGCUGACAGAACGCUUGAAGGAAGCAGAUCUCCGGGAGGCUCAGAUCAGCAAAUUGCAGGCACACAUCACAGAACUCCAAGAAACAUCAGAGCAAGCUCAGUCCAAAUUAAAAGCUGAAAAGCACAGCCGCAAACAAUUAGAACUGAAGUUGACAGCCUUAGAGGAGGAGCGAACUGACCUUCAGGCUGAGAAAGAAUCUCUGGAAAAGACCCUGUCAGAGAGGAAAAAGAAGUCUGCCCAAGAACGAAGCCAGGCUGAGGAAGAGAUAGGUGAAAUUCGAAAAUUACACCAGGAGGAACUAGAAAAACUUCGCCAACUCCUGAAACAGGCUCAAGUGUCUACAGAUCAGGCAGCUGCUGAACAGGUGUUUCUGAUGCAAGCUGAGCUGAAAUCUGAGUGGGAAGCCAAGUGUGAACACUUGUUGGCUUCUGCCAAGCAAGAACAUUUGCAACAGUACCAAGAAGUGUGUGAGCAGAAAAAUGCUGCUCAACAGAAACUUGCCCAUCUGGAAGAAAAGCUCUCUGCACUGGAGCAAUCUCAAGGUAUAGAAAAGAAACUUUCUGAAUAUCAAGAGCUGGCAGAACAAAUGCAAAAGAAGAGUGAAGCCCUCCAGUCCAAAAUUGAUACCCUAACCAUCUACUAUGAGCAGCGUAUUCAGGAGCUAGAGAAACAGAAAACACAAGAAAAUGUACAUAUAUCUGGAGCCCCAGACACUUCAGAGAAGGUGAAGAAGAUCAUGAACAAAGUAUUCCAGUCCCUAAGGGAAGAAUUUGAGUUGGAAGAGGCCUACGAUGGCAGGACCAUUCUGAGUAUUGUCAUGAAUACAAUCAAGAUGGAGACUCUUCUUCUGCUGACACCCCAGGAGCCAGAACAGGAAAGCAACAGCGAGGAGGAGGAGGAGCAGCCACAGGAACCAGCUCAGGAGUCUUCAGCCUUGAAGAGGGAGGAGCUCAAGGCCACGGCUAAUCCAUUAGAGCAGGAAGACAAGCCAGAGAAGCCUCUGCCUAUGCCCUUGAAGACCCAGAAUGGAGUAGAAAAGAGAAAAGAAGGGUUUCACAGUGAUGUGAUUUCAGAGGCAGAGAAAAACCUAGAAAUGCUGGAUGAAUCUGUCUCACCAGGGUCAGCUGGAAUUCCAUCCCAAGGGAUUCCAGGGCCCCCAAAGACAAUUCCACCCAUGCCACCAGUUCCUGUAGAUGCUGUAGUUUGGGAGCCUGAGUAUGAAGAAGCACGUGUUGAUGAUAAGAUGAAAAAACACAAAAGUAACAAUGUGUCAGAAGAAUUCUGCAUUGGCUUGGCAGAUUCAGGUACCCAGAGACAGGAGAAUGAGAAAACUUUGCAUCCAAGAACCUCUCAGGCUGCAAACCACAAGGAAGCAGAACCAUCGUCUGGGGAGCUUGGACAAUCAAAGGGAGGGCUUAAACUUCCCCUGAAAGAUGAGGGCCCCAGUGUCAUGACCAAAACCACCGAGGAGCAGCUAAACACUGAUGUAAAUGUUGCAGAAUCAGAAGCAGUUUUCCAACUUAGCCAUGAGCCCCAAGACUCCAGCUUCACAGAUGGUGAUGAAGAUGAUUUGUUUAAAGAGGCAACAUUGAAAGUGUCAAAGCCAGUUCCACUGCCUGAUGAUGAGGAUGAAGAUGAAGUGAGCUUGAAGGGACGCCCACCCCCAGCACCCCUUUUUGGGGAUGAUGAUGAUGAUGAUGACCUUGACUGGCUGGGAUGAAGACUUGGGAGAUAGUACUGAGGUCUCUCAGCCUGCCCUGCUCCGCCUUUCUCUUUCUGAGCACUAUUUUGCACAGCCAACCCUGGUUUGGGGUGGGUGGGGGGGACAAGGUGAGGUC